UCCGUUUUUCAGUGAAUACCAUUGCUACCUAUAGGUGUCGCGCUGAUCGGCCCCGGCGAAAGGGGCCAUGAAGCGGUGGCCCUUUAUCAUCUUACAUUUGCUCUCGGUGGCAGUAGUUCUGAUUCCAACCGUGAGAUGUGUUCGCAGUAUCGGAGAUCGGACUGUGAUCAAUGUCGGUUAUCUCACGGCAUUGACAGGCGAGCUGAAAGAUAAGCAGGGGUUGGCUAUUUCCGGCGCCCUCACCAUGGCCUUAGAAGAGAUCAACAACGACACCAGCCUACUGCCCAAUGUUCAGCUAACACUGCGCUGGAAUGACACAAAAGGUGAUACAGUUCUUGCCACCAAAGCUAUAACGGAAAUGAUUUGUGAUGGCAUUGCAAUGAUAUUCGGACCCGAAGGUCACUGUUAUGUGGAGGCGAUUGUCACUCAAAGUCGUAACAUUCCAAUGAUAUCCUAUAAAUGCCCCGAAAACAAAGCAUCGUCAAUACCGACUUUUGCCCGGACCGAGCCCCCAGAUACACAGGUCAUAAAAUCUGUGAUUUCUUUGCUACGCUACUACGGCUGGAAAAAAUUUUCCAUUCUACAUGACGAAGGUUGGACUAUGGUCGCCGAACUACUUAAGGCGGAGGCUAUUAAAAAGAACAUGACUAUUAACCACAAAGAAUCCUUUAUAGACAACAUGGCCAAGUGCUGUGAAGAGAUGUUGGCAUGUUGCCGUACGGGAUUUUGGUAUCAGAUUGUUCAAAACACAAUGAAUCGCACGCGGAUCUACGUCUUUCUCGGUACGGCCAAUGCUCUUGUGGAGUUCAUGGCUUCCAUGGACACGGCGAAUCUGUUCUCUAAAGGCGAAUAUAUGGUGAUUUUUGUCGAUAUGAUGACUUAUACGCCGAAAGAAGCCGAAAAGUAUUUGCGAAAGCCCGAGCAAGUGGAACACAUGACGAGUUGUGGUGAAACGGAAGCAUUCAUUCAGCGAGCCAGAAGUUUGCUGGUUGUUGCUUCCACCCCGCCUACGGACAGCUAUGAGAACUUCACGGCCAAAGUAAGAGAGUACAACCUGAAGCAGCCAUUCAACUUUACUUUGCCACAGUUGUUUCACAGCAAUAAUUUUAUCAAGUUUGUUUCUAUAUAUGCCGCCUACCUGUACGACUCUGCCAAGCUUUAUGCGUGGGCCUUGGACGAAUUACUGCGCAAUUCAACUGGAGAUCGUCCCCUGACCCCUGAAGAGAUUUACAACAUUGCCAGCGACGGAGCGAAAAUUAUUGAAACUAUCAUUAAAAAUGGCACAUACAAGAGUGUUACGGGAGCCACAAUCAAAAUAGACAACAAUGGCGACUCGGAAGGUAACUUCUCGGUGUUGGCCUACAAACCGUUUAAAUAUUCAUAUCGGGAAAACUUGCAAUGCAAUUUUCACAUGGUACCAGUCGCACAUUUCCAACAAGGAACUGAUAUUCCAGAAUACAAACUUAUCAAUGGAUCUAUGCGAGUGGACUGGCCUUCGGGUGGUGAUCGUCCGUUUGACGAGCCCAUGUGUGGAUUUGCCAACGAGCUGUGUAAAAAGGACGAUCGGCAUAUUACUUCGUUGGUUGCCGCCGGCAUUUUGGGCCUGCUACUCUUUUGUGCGGGUGUAGUAACUAUGAGUAUAUACCGGAAAUGGAAAAUCGAACUUGAAAUCGAGGGUUUGUUGUGGAAGAUCGAUAUCUCCGAAAUAAAGGGCUAUGCUGGAAAUGACAUUGUUUCAUCGCCAAGUAAGUUGAGCCUGGUGAGCGCCCAAUCAUUUGGUUCACGCUGCUCGAACCAGGUAUUUACUUCGACAGCCAGACUACGCGGAGCUGUGGUGCGUAUUAAGGAAUUGAAAUUUCUGAGAAAGAAGGAUAUGUCACGGGAAAUCAUGAAGGAAAUGCGAUUACUGCGCGAACUGCGCCAUGACAAUGUCAAUAGUUUCAUUGGCGCCUGUGUUGAGCCAAUGCGAAUCCUUCUAGUCACAGACUACUGUGCCAAGGGAAGCUUAUACGACAUAAUUGAAAAUGAAGACAUUAAGUUGGACGAUUUGUUCAUAGCGUCGCUAAUUCACGAUCUCAUAAAGGGUAUGAUUUAUAUACACAAUUCAUCGUUGGUUUUCCAUGGGAACCUGAAGUCAUCCAACUGUGUGGUCACAUCGAGAUGGAUGUUGCAGGUCACGGACUUUGGACUGCACGAUCUAAGGCACUGUGCCGAAAACGAAUCUAUUGGCGAACACCAACACUAUAGGAAUCAAUUCUGGAAAGCGCCAGAGCUUCUGAGAAACCCUUACGUUUAUGGUUCCCAGAAGGGGGACGUGUAUGCCUUUGCCAUUAUCAUGUACGAAAUAUUCAGUAGAAAGGGACCCUUCGGACAAACACUCUACGAACCCAAGGAAAUUGUGGAUUUAGUUAAGAAGAAACCAAUCAAAGGACAUUUGCCUUUCCGACCGGAACUUGAAUGCAUUAUUGAGGGCGAGCUAUGCCCGGACUACGUUCUCAGCUGCAUAACAGACUGUUGGCAUGAGGAUCCAGAAGUCAGGCCAGACUUUCCCACAAUAAGAACUCGUCUAAAGAAGAUGAGGGGCGGUAAAACGAAAAACAUAAUGGAUCAAAUGAUGGAGAUGAUGGAGAAGUACGCUAACAAUUUGGAAGAUAUUGUCACGGAACGCACUCGGUUAUUGUGUGAAGAGAAGAGAAAGACAGAGGACCUACUGCAUCGUAUGUUGCCACAGUCCGUGGCGGAAAAACUUACGAUGGGUUUAGGCGUGGAGCCGGUUUCGUAUGAUUUGGUCACCAUAUACUUUAGCGAUAUUGUAGGGUUUACUGCCAUGUCAGCGGAGAGUACACCGCUACAAGUCGUGAAUUUCCUAAAUGACUUGUACACGGUCUUCGAUCGCAUAAUUCGUGGUUACGAUGUCUACAAGGUGGAGACUAUAGGGGAUGCAUACAUGGUUGUGUCGGGCUUACCCAUAAAGAAUGGCGAUAGACAUGCAGGCGAAAUCGCGUCAAUGUCGUUGGAGUUAUUACAAGCGGUAAAACAGCACAGAAUUGCUCACCGACCAAACGAGACGCUUAAGUUGCGCAUUGGAAUGCACACAGGGCCAGUGGUUGCUGGCGUUGUUGGCCUCACAAUGCCUCGCUACUGUCUCUUUGGGGACACUGUGAAUACAGCUUCACGAAUGGAGUCGAAUGGUGAGGCGUUAAGGAUUCAUAUUUCAAGCAAAUGCAAGGAAGCAUUAGAUAAACUGGACGGUUAUAUAACAGAGAAACGAGGUCUAGUCAAUAUGAAGGGCAAGGGCGAGGUGGUCACUUACUGGCUCGUGGGAGCCACAGAAAAGGCCAUACAAAAGAAACCAGUGGAUAUGACAGAUUUGCCCCCUCCAUUGUUUUGCCGCCCGCGAAAGAGCCCUAAACUGAACUCAGAUUCCAGGCAGCCCAGUAUUGUGGGAAUGCAUUUUGCCGGAGGAGGAUCCAGGCGACAGUCUAGCAGUGUUCCAAGAGCUGAUAUGGAAUCUAAUUACAGUCUACAAGGCUCUACGCAUCAAGUGCCACGCGAUUCGCCCCGUUUGUCUUCAAAGCGUUACGAGCGUUCACCGGCAAACGGGGUGGGAAGUUUUCAAGACAAUAGCAUACCGGAGCACAUGAGCUUCAGUUGUGGCGUCGGUGUCUCUGAUACCUUGCCGGAGCCUUCGCGUAUAUCGCACAGCACUCUGGAGCAUUCCGAAACAAACUGUGAUAACAGUGGUGUGGGCGUCAAUGGUGACAUCAGCUCUUCAUUUUACACAUCACGCCUUAUUGCUAGUCUUUCACAAAAACCUCUGGCGAUGGUGCGCCCACAUCGAAUUGUCAACUAUCCAAACUCAUCUCAGGACUACUAUGGUAGUGGAUAUAUAAGUGGCACUUCUGUGAUUCCUCAUCAUAAUUUGCGAGAAGCACGAUCCCUCGAUCCCAUCCCCUUCCAGCUGCGAAGACGGCAUGAACCAAAGAUACUGCCUCCAUCCAAACUUAGUAAAAAUAAUUCCAGGUCUUUGGAUGUUGGCGUAUCGCUCAUAAGCGAUAAUCCAAAUGGGACCGCAGUCUUGCCGUCAUCCCAAGCACAAAGUUCUCACUCAAACAGCGAACAGAGAUGCAUAGAACCCGUCGGCGAACCUAACUCUUCGGAGGAAUUCGAAGACGAUAUUGGGCUCCUGUUGACUCAUGAUAAUGGUGACCUCAACAAAAGAAACUCCGUCACUAUCGCUCCCGCUGGAUCAUCCGUGCUUAAUAGGCGACGUAGUGGUGGUGGUUUCUCCAUCUCCGGCCUCAGCUCGGCCAACGCGGGCGUUUCAAUGCUACCCUAUAAACACCUGAACAACAAUUGCAAUGGCGGCAUGACUAUCGAGGAAGACGUCCAAGCGCCGCUGCUUCAACGUCAGGCCUCACUAACCACCACACCCACUCUAGAAAAGGCGAAGCGUUGGCAUUCGCUCGAAGGAAUUCAACACCAUACGGUCAAUAGUGUAAGCUAUGCUGCAGACAUCGACGGCCGACAAGCUGAGGCAAGUAGCAGCUCGACAAAGACAACAAACAACAAAAAAUCAUCGCACCGCAAUGCACCGGGAGACGGAAAUUCAUCAUCUUUGCUGGAUCGCUUGGUGAGCAUAUUUCACGGCAGCGGCAAAAGAACAAACAAUGCCUCACUGCGUCGUGUAGGCAUCCUGCCAGGAUCUGUAAGGGGCGUUCCUGGAUUUAGCGACCUGAGCAACUCAUCCCGAGACCGCGAAAGUAUAGUGUAA